AUGUUGUCGUCUAGCCCAGAGAAUCCGGUCAUGGCAAAACGUAUGGAGGCCCAGCCUAAAACCAGUAAGGCAGAAAACGAUUUGCUAAAAGCAGCGAUUGCUACUCAGAACAGACCGCUGGAAGUUAACCAGGCAAGAGUUCAAACAAAUCAUCAGCUUCAAGAACAAAUCACCAGCUUCAAAGCCGAAGUGAGUCGAAUCAAGGACGAAUACUCGUAUGGCCAAAACGCAUAUCGCGGCAUUCAAGCUCGAUACGAUGAACUAAAGACGCAGCACGCCAACGCGCUCGACGACGGAGAGAGUCUCCGCGAGCAACUCCGACAAAGCCAGUUGCGUUGUGAACAAGCUGAAAAGAGAACGAACGUACUAGAGGCGGAGGUAGAACGACUUAAGCGAAAGAUGAGGGAAGCAAGAAAAGCGUUAGACGAUCCGAGUCCUUAA